AGUAAUGUGUGGGUGGGUAAUGGUGACUAAUCCAAUUUGUAGUCUUAUUCUAGAUCCCGAGUUGUCACUGAGCGCUUAAUCUCUUUGUAGAGAUUCUCUCAAACUAAUCUCAGGCUUGUGUCUGUCGGCUGAUCCUUGUGGCCAUAGUUUUUUAUCUUCUUCUGAAGAAUUUGGGGAGUAAACACAAAACAACGUUCCUGCUCGUCUUGCUCAUCUUCAUCCUCAUGAAACCUUCCCCGUAAAGCUCAGCUUUAAAAAAACAGAAAUGGAUCUUGUGAGCUGCUGACAGUGAGACGACAAAGGGCUGGACCCAUGUUGAUGACCUGACGCUGUUUUGCUUCUGAUCCUCCUCCAUCCAUUCACUUACUCCAGAGGCUUGGCUUGUUUGUUGCCGGGGGUUACGCUUGCUGCUGAGCACAAUGUCGGAGCACAUGCAGCUCUCCCUUGCCUUGUGCAGGAUUGGGUUUUACACGUGUUUCCGGGCACUGUGCUGUAAAGGACCUCCGCCGCCAAGACCAGAGUAUGAUGUGGUGUGCAUUGGUCUGACAGGUGCUGGAAAAACCAGCCUGCUCUCACGCCUCUGUAGUGAGGGCAGCGACGGCAUUGUACCUACAACAGGUUUCAGCAUCAAAGCAGUGCCAUUUCCAAAUGCCAUCUUGAAUGUAAAAGAACUUGGAGGAGCAGACAACAUCAAGAAAUACUGGAGUCGUUACUACCAGGGGUCACAGGGUGUAGUCUUUGUAUUGGACAGUGCCUCGUCAGAUGAGGACCUCGAGGCAGCGCGCAAUGAGCUCCACUCGGCCCUGCAGCACCCACAGCUUUGCACACUGCCUUUCCUCAUCCUCGCCAACCACCAGGAUAAGCCUGCUGCAAGGACGCCAAACCAGAUUAAGAAAUACUUUGAGCUGGAGCCGCUGGCCAGAGGGAAGCGCUGGAUCCUGGAGGGCGGCUCCACCGACAACAUGGAGGCCGUGAAGGAGAUCUUCGGUCAGUUCAUUAGCCUGUUGGAGGACAAAGACACAGAGCCCGCAAGGAUAUGAUGACUAGACUGCUAAUGCUAGGAGACAUUAGCUGCUGAUGACGAAAGAAAAACACCACGUGCUGCUGGUGCCCACGUACACACACAUAUGCACAGACACACACAUGUACACACAAGAUAACAGAGCAGAAGAAGUUGGCCUCUCUCCCUGAGAAGUGUAUUGUAUGUUGUCCACCUUUCACGGAGCUCUCAUUUUGUCCAAGUUGGGAGGAAUUGUGCACAAGUAGUCAGCCACUACAACCUGACCGAGGAGAGCUGCCAUGAAAACAGCCGAUGUAAAGCAGUUUAUCCAGGAAAACCACCAAACUCUGCCAGAAAUGGAAAUCUUGUUUACUACUGUCUGUGCCAUUGGGAUUAAACCAGCGGCAUGUGGGACAUAUGGCAUUCCUUCAGUCAAUAUCGGACACUAACACACACAUUCUCAGUCUUACGCACACACAAACACACACAAUGUCACACACAAAGUGAGCCCAGGUUGUCUGUAGAUAUGUUUAACAUCUCCAGUAAUGACUUUACAGGAUGUGUGGGUGGGCACUGUCGAUGUCUUCUCUGAGAAGUACUGUAUGGCUGUCAGUGUGAUUCUCCUUUUGACCCGCUAACAACGAAUGUCGUUGUGUGAUUGGAGUGCUUAGUCCAAAGGCUUGUGUUAUGUACGGUAGUUACAUAUCUAAUCUGAAUAGUUUAGUCUGAGUAUCUCAUGGAUUAUUAUGUACAUGCAAACAAGCAUAUUGCUGUGUACCUUCCUGUGCAGCCAUACACAAGUACUACUAAUCAUGUGACUAAGUGCUUACUUUACUGAGACGUGAGUUGGAAACAAGUCUGAAUGCUUUUAUAAAUGUGCAACUUAAGAUCUAUUUUAUAGCUCUGUAUUAACCUUGUAGAGCUACGUUCAGAUUUUUAUAUAUCGCACCACACGUAUGAAUUCUUUUAAAUCAAAGAAAAUCAAACAGAAGGAACACAGCGAUGAUUGGCUGGGCUCAGUGCAGCCACGAGGGAGAGAAACGGGAUGGAUUUAGUUUCCUUUCAGUGUUCGGCAAAUGUUGUUUUUUUCUACAUGUUGAUUGUAUUUCUUUUCCCUUUUCAAAUUGACAUAAUCCCUCUCUGCCCUGGCGAGCAGCUCCAGCCUCCCAUCAGGGAGGAAUACAAACUCUAUCAAUCAGCCGCAGCAACAGCUGCAUCUGACAAGUCCUUGUCCGACACCCUAAUGCCUUCCAACUGUCUGUGAAGACCCCUCCCUGUCUGCUGUUUAUCGUGGACCCCUUCCCCACCUCAUCCCAGCCCACUCUGCGCCUCCACUGCAGCUCGGCUCGUCCCCAUUACUGCUCUGUGGAGUUUUCAUCCCGGCUGCCCUCGUGUGGACUCCACACCUUUAAAGAGUCGUAUCGAUCGUGCCACAAGUUUCCCCAAUGUGCUUCAGUAAUGAAAAUGUUCAAACCACA